AUGGCCCUGCGGUGGCUGGCUCUGGCCUUUCUCCUGGCCCUUGCCCCUCUGCUGCUUGCGUGGAGACAGGAGGACCUUGGUCCCAAGAAUCAGAGGGGACCCAAGGAAGCAGAAGUGUGCCAAAGGCCUCGCUGGGGCCAAGGACUCCAGCUGGCACCGGACCAGAAGAAUUACAGGAAGAACGAGGAAGUGAUGUUGAGGUGUCCUGAGGGUUUCCAGCCAUCCUUCACCUAUGUCAAAUGUACAGGAAAAGUCCUGUCCAUCAGCAACGGGAAACCUGUGUACAGAGAAGUCUGGAAUGGAAGCGACAGCAGAGGCAGAUGGAUCAACAUCCAGCCCACAGUCAGCGUGAAGUGCUUUGGUGCAGAGAAAUGCCAUAAGCCCCAGUGGGACCCCAGGUUUGUCUUUGACCAAGAACGGGAGACCUUCGACCCGAAUGAAGUGUUGGAGAUAAGAUGUCCUGAGGGGCACUGGCCUCCUCCCAUGGAAAUCAAGUGUGUGAAGCUGAACCCAAGUGAAGGCUCCAAAAUUCCUCGCAGUGGCUGGUUUGUGAGGAACAGCACAGGCCUCUGGCACCCCAUGGCAGGGAACCUGACCUGUGUAGGUCCUUCAGGUUGUCUUGCCAGCACCAGCAUCAAACUGAACUGGACCUGCAGGCUCCCUCAUGCCUGUGAGCACAUUUGGGCCAUGUGCCGCCUGGCAGAGCCUUCCUCGCCUCCCUGUGAGGCUGAGGAGGUGAAGGGAGAGGAGAUGCUACAUGGCCAUGAGGGAACAUUCACCUGUCCCCACCUGCAGCCCUUCACUACCUACAGUGUCACCAUCUCCCUGCCACCCAGGACAAUCCUGUACACACGGCUCAUCAGGACAAAGGAGACAGUGCCAGACAAACCAGAGAAGCUGUGGCUGGAUCCCAACACAGGGUCCCUCAAGUGGAAGGCGCUGCCCUCCUGCAAAGGGGAGAUCAUUGGAUACCAGCUGAACAUCACGACCAGGAGAGUGCAAGAUGGCAGCUUCCUUGAAUGGCAGCACGUGUUGGUGAACAACUCUGUCACGCAGUACACGCCACCUCAUCAGACACCUGGAAGGAAAUACAUGGUGACAGUCCAGGGUCUCACGGCGGCUGGUGCUGGGGCUGCGUCACUGCUGGAAUUUCAGACCUACGUCUCUGUUGCAGGGCAGCCUUGGGGCAUGUGGCCUGGGUUGGCAGUCCCGAUAGUGGUGGUGGUGGUCCUGGUCCUCCUGUCUGCAGGGAUCCUGUGGUUUGUGCUGUCCAGGAAAAGGAAGGCCUUGCCCAUCAAAGUCGAGGAGGAUCAUUACACAGAACUCCAGCCCCGUGAGAACUUGAAUGAUUACUGCAUGAUCAAGAGGACUCUUCACGCAGAAGAAGAUGGAG